UAGAUUGGCCCAGAUCAGACGCCAAAGACGAACCAGAGCUGAACAAAUGAACACCCCCCCCGCCCCACACACACACACACCCACAUACACACGCACACACACACCCACAUACACACGCACACACACACCCACAUACACACGCACACACACACCCCUAUACACACUCUUUCAUAACAGUUGCCCGGAAGGCGCUAGACCAUGCUAACGAUGCUCAUUGAUCUCACUGUCUCUGCCUGUUUCUGUCUCGCCCUGUCCCUCUGUUUUGGUGUCCGCCUCCCCCUCUCCUUCAUCCACCCUGUCUCCUCUCUGUCCAUCCCUCCCUUCCUCUCCUCCUCUUCAUCUCCCAGUAUACUGUUUGCAGACAUUGAGGGUUUCACCAGUUUGGCGUCCCAGUGCACAGCGCAGGAGUUGGUGAUGACCCUGAAUGAGCUCUUUGCACGCUUUGACAAACUGGCUUCGGAGAACCAUUGUCUGCGUAUCAAAAUCCUGGGGGACUGCUACUACUGUGUGUCUGGCCUCCCUGAGCCGCGGGCCGAUCACGCUCACUGCUGUGUGGAGAUGGGAGUGGACAUGAUAGAGGCCAUCUCGCUGGUAAGGGAGGUCACGGGCGUCAAUGUCAACAUGCGUGUGGGCAUCCACAGCGGCCGUGUCCACUGCGGCGUGCUCGGGCUGCGCAAGUGGCAGUUUGACGUGUGGUCCAACGACGUGACGCUGGCCAAUCAGAUGGAGGCGGGGGGCGCGGCCGGGCGUAUCCACAUCACCAAGGCCACCCUGCAGUAUCUGAACGGCGACUAUGAGGUGGAGCCUGGUUCUGGUGGAGAGAGGAACGCCUAUCUGAAGGACAACAACAUCGAGACCUUUCUGGUGCUGGGCUGCAGCCAGAAGAGGAAAGAGGAGAAGGCCGUGAUGGCCAAGAUGCAGCGGGCCCGCGCCCCCUCCACCGAGGGCCUGAUGCCACGCUGGGUGCCUGACAGAUCCUUCUCCAGGACCACCGACUCCAAAGCCUUCAGGAAGAUGGGCAUCGAUGAAACGUCAAAAGACAACCGCUGUGCCCAGGAGGCUCUGAACCCGGAGGAUGAGGUGGAUGAGUUCCUGGGACGAGCCAUCGACGCCCGCAGCAUCGACCAGCUCCGCAAAGCCUACGUCAAGAAGUUCCUGCUCACCUUCCAGACCGCCGAGCUGGAGAAGAAGUAUUCGAAAAAGGUGGACGAUCGCUUCGGAGGCUACGUGGCCUGCACCCUGCUGGUGUUCUGUUUCAUCUCCUUCAUCCAGAUCAUCAUCUUCCCACACACGCCCCUGAUGCUGGGCCUCUUCAUCAGCAUCUUCAUCAUCCUCGCCAACAUCCUCUUCAUCUGCGCCAUCUACUCCUGCAUCAAGCUCUUCCCAGAAGCCCUGCAGACGGUGAGCAGGCGGAUCGUUCAGUCGCGCACCAACAGCACUCUGGUGGGCGUCCUCACCAUCCUCCUCCUCUUCAUUGCCGCCUUCGUCAACAUGUUUACCUGUGACCGGGAGGGCCUGGUGGAGUGUGUGGCCCGCGAGCACAACACCUCCCAGAGCUCCGUGACCCUGUGUAUGCUGCACAACCUCUCUCAGGCAGCCGACGACGGACUCACCCUCUGCAACAGCCGGGACACACCCUGCCACUUUCCUGAGUACUUCAGCUACAGUGUGCUGCUGACCCUGCUGGCGUGCUCCGUGUUCCUCCACAUCAGCAGCACGGGGAAGCUGGCCCUCAUGCUGUCCCUCCAGCUGGUCUUCCUGCUGCUGGUGGAGUGGCCCCAGGUGGCCCUGUUGGAUAAUUCGGACCUCCUGGUGACGGCCAACUCCCUGUCUAUAACGCCUUCGAAUGAGACCCUGCAGUGGUUUAUUGGUUUCAAUGAAACUGAGGAAUGUCAAGAGAGUAUGACUAAGGUGUCGCUCAAGGUCAUGACCCCGAUCAUCCUGACCGUGUUCGUACUGGCUCUGUACCUGCAUGCCCAGCAGGUGGAGUCCACCGCACGCCUCGACUUCCUGUGGAAGCUGCAGGCCACCGAGGAGAAGGAGGAGAUGGAGGAGCUGCAGGCCUACAACCGGCGCCUCCUCCACAACAUCCUGCCCAAGGACGUGGCCGCCCACUUCCUGGCGCGCGAGCGGCGCAACGACGAGCUGUACUACCAGUCGUGCGAGUGCGUGGCCGUCAUGUUCGCCUCCAUCAGCAACUUCUCCGAGUUCUACGUGGAGCUGGAGGGCAACAACGAGGGCGUGGAGUGUCUCCGGCUGCUCAACGAGAUCAUCGCCGACUUUGACGAGAUCAUAAGCGAGGAGAAGUUCCGUCAGCUGGAGAAGAUCAAGACCAUCGGCUCCACCUACAUGGCCGCCUCGGGCCUGAACGACUCCACCUACGACCGCGAGGGCCGCUCCCACAUCCUGGCCCUGGCUGACUACGCCAUGCGCCUCAGGGAGCAGAUGAAGUACAUCAACGAGCAUUCCUUCAACAACUUCCAGAUGAAGAUAGGUCUGAACAUGGGACCUGUAGUAGCUGGGGUCAUUGGUGCCAGGAAACCUCAGUAUGACAUCUGGGGGAACACGGUGAACGUGGCCAGCCGUAUGGACAGCACUGGUGUCCCAGACUGCAUCCAGGUGACCACAGACCUGUACCAUGUGCUGUUCAACCGGGGCUACCAGCUGGAAUGCCGAGGCGUGGUCAAGGUGAAGGGGAAGGGCGAGAUGACCACCUACUUCCUCACCAGCGGGCCCCAGGGGAGUUAAGCUCCAGCUGCACUCACACAAAGGGACGCCAGAACAAAGAACCCAGCGAGCGAGUGGUCGAACUCACUGAAGACGAGUCCAACCACGGGACCACACUGGGGAGCGGACGGUGUCCAGGAAGGACCCGGGUGGUUGGGCGUGCUGGGGCGCUCCUGUGUUCAAAUGUGCGCGGACACACACACACACACAACUCAACACAUGUCAAAAAAGUGUUCUCAUUUCAAGGUUUUUCCCUACCAAGCUGCUUCAUGUUUGAUUUGAAGAAGACCUAUUGCCUUAGAAGGAGAUGACUGAGCUUAACAGAAGGCUAUGUUUGUGCGAGAGGACAAGUACCACACAGUUCCUUAUUUAUUUUCAUGGCGAAGUUUGUUUGCCGUUUAGUUAUUUUCGGGACAACCUUCUGACGAGACUCUAUACGCGUAUAAAUAUGCAAGGAUGACAAGAAGGAUGAAAUGACCAAAGAACAAAAGGUUUGAUAUGAGGGGACAGUUUUCUGGAAUUUUCUCUGCUGGUCUACCUUUCACUUUGGACAAGGCCAUGUUACUGUCGCUUAGUCUAACACUUCUUUUGUUUUGGGACUUGAUAUACUCAUGGAGGAGAACAAGCACACACACACACACACACACACACGUAGAGCAGCCUUGGAUCGUAUUUCUGGAUUCUUAUCAGGGCCUCCAGUCUGCAGCAAUGUCCUAGAUCACAGUAUGAACAUAACGCUUCUGUGUCUUCUCUUUUCAAUGCAUCAAAUACUGGAGAUGUUUGUUUAGUUUUUGGUACACGCCAGAAGGAAGAUGUUGUGAUGGACAAAUGGUUCCGUUCUGUAUCACGGUACUGGAAAUUUUAACUGUUAUGAAAAGUUUUGUAAUUAUGUGUGUGUGUGUGAAAGAGUGCGAGUGUGUGAAAUGGAAUGCUGUUCUUGAUCUUUAAAGGGGAAUAACUUUUCACUGUGAGGUUUUUAUGAAACUUAAAAUGAUACUGACAAAAUGCUUUCUUGCCAAACUGGUUAUCCACAAGGCAUGUGUUUUUCUUCUUAUAUGUUGGAGUUGUGUGUUCAUUUCUCAUGUUCAUGUUUUCAGAUUGUUUUAUUACCUUUUCCCCCAUGCUUUCUAUUUGGAUGUGAGUGGGAUUGUUUUUGUUUCAUUCCAUCCUGAAUGACCGUCACAUUUUCUUUAAUGUUUUUUUAGGGGUCAGACAGAUGAAUGCUGUCUGGACAAUACUUACCUGUACAGUAAACAACGUUACACUGGGAGACCUAAAUAUACCCGAUACAACAGGUCUACUCUGCUCCAUGGCAUUUAGUGUUUGAUGGUAUCGAACAGUAUUGGCACACAGUCUCUUUACUCCCCAAGGAGCAUUAAGAAACAUUUAUUUCAUUCAUGUAUAAAAAAGAAAUGUGUCCGACUACUGUAACUGACAAGUGACUCAUGUUUCAAAGUCAUUUCUCACAACACAAAAGAGAUAUAAGACGAUACGAAAACCACUGAGAAUGUUGCAAAUGUGGUUGAGAGACGAGCCGCAACGAUGCACUGUGUAAACCCUUUUACCUUUUAUUUUACCAGGCAAGUCAAUUAAGAACACAUUCUUAUUUACAUGAACUAUUUAAAAUAGGAGAGAGUAGUCAAUAGACUCUGAGCUUAUGUAGGUGUCAAGGUUGUUUUCUUUGAUGCUGGACUGAGAGAGGGUUGCUCUUUCACCGUGGGUGACGCCUGAACCUCUCACUGAAUAAACAUGUUUUGAUCCCAGUUUUUUUUUCUUCUCAAACAUGUUUUCUUUUUUUUUUUUUUUCAUUCAUUUGUAUUGUCUUGAAGCUGGAAGGCUCACAAAAUAUUUUUUUUUGCAUUCCAGAAUACUUCCCUUGGAUAAGAGAUCAAUAAAUGGAUGUUUUGUA